AGAAGUGCUGCUGUGGGACCGUUGCUAUGGUUACAGGGUCUAAGCCAUUUCCAGGGAGAUGAGAGACAGUCAAAGCCAUGCCCUGGCUACUAUAACAGGGCAAUCUCCCACCUUAUAGUGAUCCAGAAAGAUAGGGGAUGUUUUAGGAUUAUCUCCAAAGGAUGCAUGUGUCUAGGGAAGAGGUUGUCAUGGUAACUGCUUCCUUGGGACACCACCAUGGAAGAGGGAUAGUUAUAGCUUACAACUGAUAUCUGACGCACCUUCUACCUACCCACCCCACUCCUGAGACAACUGAAGUUGUGACCCAGCCUAUGGACUUCAAACAGAAAAAAGAGUCCUUGACUUCUUUUGUGGGUAGGAUGAAACUGCACUUGGUUGCAUGGAGUUGGCUCAUUGGUUGUUUUCUGGUUCCUCCCACAGCAGAGAUGACUCAAGGUGGAGCCACCAUUCUUGAUCACCCUCAGUCUGAAACCUAGGGAGGAUGUCCUGGACGUCUGGACUAGAGUCUGACAUCGGGCCCCAUGCGGCUCACCCGCUGCUGGGCUGCUCUGGCAGCCGCCAUCAUCCUCAACCUCUUAGUCUUCUUUUACGUGUCAUGGCUACAACACCAGCCCAGAAACUCCCGGGCACGGGGUCCGCGCCGGACUCCUGCCACUGGACCCCGUGUAACCGUCCUGAUUCGGGAGUUUGAGGCCUUUGACAACGCGGUGCCAGAGCUGGUGGAUUCCUUCCUGCAGCAGGACCCAGCCCUGCCUGUGGUAGUGGCGGCUGACACACUCCCUUACCCACCCCUGGCCUUGCCUCGCAUCCCCAACGUUCGCUUGGCGCUGCUACAGCCGGCCCUGGACCGGCCAGCCGCGGCCUCGCGCCCAGAGACAUAUGUAGCCACCGAGUUCGUGGCCCUAGUCCCUGAUGGAGUGCGGGCCGAGUCACCAACCCACCUGGAGCGUAUGGUGGAGGCGCUCCGAGGGAGCAGCGCGCGCCUGGUAGCCGCCCCAGUCGCCACCGCCAACCCAGCGCGGUGCCUGGCACUGAACGUCAGCCUGCGGGAGUGGACCGCGCGCUAUGGUCCAGCACCCGGCGCACCGCGCUGUGAUGCCGUGGAUGGCGACGCUGUGCUGCUACUGCGCUCCCGUGACCUCUUCAACCUCUCGGUGCCCUUGGCGCGGCCUCUGGCCACCAGCCUCUUCUUGCAGACUGCUCUACGGGGCUGGACAGUGCAGCUACUGGACUUGACCUUCGCCGCGGCGCGCCAGCCCCCUCUGGCUACGGCUCACGCGCGCUGGAAGGCAGAUCGUGAGGGGCGCUCGCGGAGGGCGGCGCUGCUGCGUGCUCUGGGCAUCCGCUUGGUGAGCUGGGAGGGCGGGCGGAUCGAGUGGUUUGGCUGCAGCAAGGAGAGCGCACGCUGCUUCGGGACUGUAGCGGGCGACACACCUUCCUACCUGUACGAGGGCCGCUGGACACCGCCCUGCUGCCUGCGAGCCCUGCGAGAGACUGCGCGCUACGUGGUGGGCGUGCUGGAGGCCGCAGGCGUGCGAUACUGGCUGGAGGGCGGCUCGUUGCUGGGUGCAGCACGCCACGGUGACAUUAUCCCUUGGGACUAUGAUGUAGACCUGGGCAUCUACCUGGAGGACGUGGGCAACUGCGAGCAGCUGCGGGGCGCCGAGGCUGGCUCGGUAGUGGACGAACGCGGCUUCGUGUGGGAGAAGGCAGUGGAGGGCGACUUCUUCCGAGUGCAGUUCAGUGAGAGCAACCACCUGCACGUUGACCUAUGGCCCUUCUACCCCCGCAAUGGGGUCAUGACGAAGGACACGUGGCUGGACCACCGGCAGGAUGUGGAGUUCCCAGAGCACUUCCUGCAGCCGCUAGUCCCCCUGCCCUUUGCCGGCUUCAUGGCGCAGGCCCCUAACAACUACCGCCGCUUUCUGGAGCUCAAGUUCGGGCCUGGCGUCAUCGAGAACCCGGAGUACCCCAACCCUGCACUCUUAAGCCUGACAGGUGGCUGAAACCCCGGUGCUAGCAUCUGGGGCUAGGGGAGCUGUAAUUUACAGGAAACAGUUCUCUGCCUUUGGAGGCCCUGUGGGUCUGGACAUGCUUAUUUGAUUGAACGGUGAGGCUGUGCAUUGGAGGGGGGAAAAAAAAGGUGAACUGCCCAAGGAAGACUUGAGGGAGCCCACAGGAAAAGUCCGGCUUUGGCAGAAAGCAGAACUCUGCAGAAGAUUGGAGCAACAUACAUAUUCUUGAGCCCUGAGCUGGGGUAAGUGUGGAGACCUCCUACUCCAUCCAAGUAAUGGAGGAAAGCCUUUGAUGGAAAAGCCCGGGGAUCAGAGCCCAUCGUCAGGGCUUCACACAGUCUCUGCCCUUUUAUGUUCCAAGAUCCUUAGACCCUUGUAAAGUGAGGUCCGGAGGACAGACCAGCCAGUCUCAGUCUACCACACACAACUUAGGAGGCCCUGGACCAGUUGCACAGUCUUGCUUUCGGCCUGUUUUGUGAAUGCCUCCAAAUUGGUGUCUGGAAUCCGUAGGAUCCUUUGCUGUAGUGUUUGCUUCCUCCACCAGAGGGCGCAUCUGUCCGGCCAUCAUCUCUGGUUUUCUUGGCAUGGCUCUGGGUGAUGGGACAGUACUGGCCACCUCCCCUCCUCCUCUGAGAGAACUCUGCAUGAUGUAUCUGCUGCUUCUAGCCCCUUCGUGUACCUGAAAGACUAACAGGGCUCUGGUUUGGGAUCCUGGCUGACAUAUUUCAGUUCUCGGCCCCGUUUCCCCACUUGCCCUGAGGGGUGAACCUUCGCCAUAGCUCGUAGUUAAGGAGAGCUUACUGGGGCCCAGGCAUACACACGAAUGGAUUCAUCCUCACUCCUACUCCCUGAAUUGACAGCUGCUAUUACAUCCAUUUUCCAGGCAGGAUAACUGAGGCCAAAAUGGCAGUUAUUUAUCCAUGACCAGAUAGUUUAGGAAGUGGCCAGCCAAUAGGAGACUUGAAUUCAGGCCAUCAUUUCAAAGCCCAUUUUAUGUCUCGCUCUAGAAAUAGUACCCAAGUGGGACCUUGCGGUAGUUGUGCCAUUUAACAGGUUAAAACAAUAACUUUCCUUAUUUAAUUAUACAUGUAAAUUAUGGUCAAACCACUACGACCAACUGUAUAUUGUUAAAUAAUGCCUAAUUUAUAUUACUUUAAAAUUAAAAUAAAAGAUGAACAGAG